AUGGCGGACACCUCGAGCACCGCCGUGACCGCGGCAGCUACUCCGUUGGAAUGCUUCAGCUCGGGCUCCUCCGUCAAGUUGAUCGCGUCUGCCGCAGCCCUCGUAUUGACGAUCCUGAUAGCAAUUGACAAGCUCGUCUCCGCGCCCGUGGGUCCCCGCAAGCCCCCCGUCGUCAAGGGAAUCCUUCCCAUCAUCGGCCACUUAAUCUCUGUAAACACUUCAUACCUGGGUGCCUACGAGAAGUUGGCCAAGGACGCAACCAUCAUAGACCACGAAACCGGACAGCAGUACCUCCUCAAGGAGGGCGUCGAGGUCCAGUGGAGCGCGUCUGUGAUGCACAAGAAGCCCGUCUGGGGCGAGGACGGGGAGCAGUUCAACUCCGAGAAGUGGCUGAAGAACACGCUCGAGAUCGCAAAGGGCUUCAAUGAGUCAUUUAUGCCCUUUGGCGGCGGUAAGCACCUCUUCCCCGGCCGCAACUUUGCGUUUGCCGGGCUGUUGGGUGCUCUGAUUGCCCUAGCCGUCGGGUCUGAGCCCGAGGGCGUUCAGGUCCCGGAGCACGAGAUGCCGUUGGCCACAUCGGCUCUUUGCUCUCCGAUUUAUGGAAGCAAGUCCAGCAAGACGAAUAUUUCGAGGCGGGCGGGAUGGGAGGAUGUUGAACGGAGAUUCAAUCAGAGGAUUGAGGUGUCUUGGUAA